GGCGGAGUGGAAGCGGUCGUAGGGCAGGUAUGGGACUAGCCGGCGUGUGCGUCCUGAGACGCUCAGCGGGCUAUAUACUCGGUGGGGCCGCCGGUCAGUCUGUGGCAGCAACAGCAGCAGCAAGACGGCGAAGUGAAGGAGGGUGGGCGUCUGGCGGGGUCUGCAGUUUCAGCAGAGCCGCUGCAGCCAUGGCCCCGAUCAAGGUGGGAGAUGCCAUCCCUGCAGUGGAGGUGUUUGAAGGGGAGCCAGGGAACAAGGUGAACCUGGCAGAGCUGUUCAAGGGCAAGAAGGGUGUGCUGUUUGGAGUUCCUGGGGCCUUCACCCCUGGAUGUUGCAAGACUCACCUACCAGGGUUUGUGGAGCAGGCUGAGGCUCUGAAGGCCAAGGGAGUCCAGGUGUUGGCCUGUCUGAGUGUUAAUGAUGCCUUUGUGACUGGCAAGUGGGGCCGAGCCCACAAGGCGGAAGGCAAGGUUCGGCUCCUGGCUGAUCCCACUGGGGCCUUUGGGAAGGAGACAGACUUAUUACUAGAUGAUUCGUUAGUGUCCAUCUUUGGGAAUCGACGUCUCAAGGGGUUCUCCAUGGUGGUACAGGAUGGCAUAGUGAAGGCCCUGAAUGUGGAACCAGAUGGCACAGGCCUCACCUGCAGUCUGGCACCCAGCAUCAUCUCACAGCUCUGAGGCCCUGGGCCAGAUCACUUCCUCCACCUCUCCCUAUCUCACCUGCCCAGCCUUGUGCUGGGGCCCUGCAGUUGGAACCUUGGCCAGAUUUCUGCAAUAAACACUUGUGGUUUGUGUCCAAAAAAAAA